UGUGGCUCCGCCCCGGGGAGAGUAAGGCGGCCGCGCCCGGAGAGUUUUCCGCCCUGCGGGCUCCUCCUCCGACCGUGCGCAGACACUCUCGGGUCGAGAUCCGGAAAGCGAGACUUGGAGGUAGCUGCUAUCCGAGCUCAGUGUCCCGGUCCCUGGUGCCAGCUUUACCCAUGAGCUACCCAGGCUACCCACCACCUGCUGGUGGCUACCCUCCAGGUGCACCAGGUGGUGCUCCCUGGGGAGGUGCUAGCUACCCUCCUCCCAGCAUGCCCCCUAUCGGGCUGGAUAACGUGGCCAACUAUGCAGGGCAGUUCAACCAGGACUACCUCUCGGGCAUGGCAGCCAACAUGUCUGGAACAUUCGGAGGAGCCAACGUGCCAAACAUGUAUCCUGGGGCUCCUGGAGGUGGCUAUCCUCCAGUCCCUCCUGGUGGCUUUGGGCAGCCCCCUCCUGCCCAGCAGCCUGUCCCUCCUUAUGGAAUGUAUCCACCGCCAGGAGGAAACCCACCUCCUGGGAUGCCCUCAUACCCAGCAUACCCAGGGGCCCCGGUGCCAGGCCAGCCUAUGCCACCCCCUGGGCAGCAGCCCCCAGGAGCCUAUCCUGGACAGCCUCCAAUGACCUAUCCUGGGCAGUCACCAAUGCCACCCCCUGGGCAGCAGCCAGUGCCAAGUUACCCAGGAUACUCAGGAUCCAGUACCAUCACCCCGGCUGUGCCUCCAGCUCAGUUUGGAAACAGAGGCACCAUCACCGAUGCUUCUGGAUUUGACCCCUUGCGAGAUGCUGAGGUCCUGCGGAAGGCUAUGAAGGGCUUCGGAACGGAUGAACAGGCCAUUAUCGACUGCCUAGGGAGCCGGUCCAACAAGCAGCGGCAGCAGAUCCUGCUGUCCUUCAAGACGGCCUAUGGCAAGGAUCUGAUCAAAGACCUAAAGUCAGAGCUGUCAGGAAACUUCGAGAAGACUAUCCUGGCCCUGAUGAAGACCCCGGUCCUGUUUGAUGUCUAUGAGAUAAAGGAAGCUAUCAAGGUUGUGGAGGACAUUGGUGAUAACGAGAAGGGGCCCCAGGCUGUUGCAGGACCCCCAUUAGUGAAUAGCAACAUGUCUGAGGAGCCCAAGCAGCAGAGGCAGGAACCCAGGCAAGGGUGGGAGGAGGUAGGUCUAAAACGAAGACAGUGAAGCCUUACCAGUUCCUGAGUACUCACCUCAGUCCUGUCUGCCGUGUCUGUCCUACACUAUCUAGAGAUGUCUGCCCCACUUCUGUGUACACCCCAGCUCUGGAAGAACUGAAUUCCACACAGGGCCAAAUCCCGAAGCUUAGCUAGGGCUCCCUCUCUUCCUAGGUCUAGUUGGUUUCGACCACGAGGCAAGUCCUGUCUGGGCUCUACAGCCAUGCGGCUGUGUGUGUCCUGUGAGUAGAGGGUCCCUCUCUAGGCAGGCACCCGAAAGAACUGCUCACUCAGGCUCGCUGGGCACAGAUUCUACCUCCACUGGAGGCCGAGAGUUUUGUGCGUGGUCUGGAAGGGAAAGGAGACUGGCUGAGACCCAGCUGCUGUUAGAGUCUGAGGGUGGUGAGGGGGUGGGGGUGAGGUGGCAAUGACCUAGCCCAGGAGUGGGUCGCACCCACCUCCAGUACCGUUAUGAGAGGUUGGUGGAAUGCUCAAUCAGGCAAGGGGCUGUCCUGUACGGGACUAAGAGUGAGUGAGGAGUGAGUGUUCUUUCAGGACAUGCAGGGAGUUUCGGGGAGGCUGCUAACAUGCACAUCCUUGUAAGUCCCAGUGAGCCGCCAGUAGCAUGCAGGCAGUGGUAAGCAUGAAAAUGCCGUGUCAGCUAGACGGUCUGCACAAAUUAGCCCACUUAGUCCCAUCGAGGACUCCUUAGGAAGUAGGUAUGCAUUCAUUCCCUUUAUAGCCAAGGAACUUGGCCUGAGGUCACACAGUAAGCUGCAGAGCCAAGAUGCAGACUGAUAUAAAAGCCAGGCCUCUGGCCCUGCUUUCUACCUUCCUGCUGUCCCAGGCACAGCCACUCCGUUGUUCUCUUCCUAGAUAUCUUCAGACAGUUCACUUGGGACUCUUCCUUUUUAUAUCAGUUAUGAUUGAGCUUUUGGACUUUCCCACUGCCCACGUUUUUGUUAUCUCACUGAGAACGUGGACAUGGAAGAAACAGACUGCACCUCAGCCUGACCCAGCAUGCUGAGGCCAUUAGACAGUCACUGCACAUACAAGCACACGCACACCACACACCACACGACAUACCACAUUCAGUUUCCUGUCUGUGGUGUAACCCUCAUGUGAUACCCACUCAUUAUCCUUGUCCUUAUCUCAUUGUCUGGGACUAGGAGAGGAGCCGGCUUUUGAGGCAUGAGUGAGGGGUGUGUAUGUGUGUGUGUGUGUGUGUGUGUGUGUGUGUGUGUGUGUGUGUGUGUGGCACCUGCUGGCCUUUCUGGGCUCCAGUGAGAGCCUGGUCACCAGCAUGAGGCCACUGUGUUCUUCCUCUGCUCUCACAGGGGGCUGGUACUGAUGAAGCCUGCCUGAUUGAGAUCCUGGCUUCCCGAAGUAACGAGCACAUCCGGGAGCUAAACAGAGCCUACAAAACAG